AUGAUAACGCCUGCCUUUGACUUGAGUCAGGAUCCCGAGUACUUGAUCCUCUCAGCACGUGUUCCUUAUACGAGAACGUCAGAAUUUGAUCUCUUCAUUGAUGGAACAGAUGUCAAAUUCUAUGCUAAACCCUACUUUCUUCGGUUAACGCUUCCAGGAAGGGUAGUGGAAGAUGGGAGAGAAAAGGCUACAUUUGACAUUGAAAAAGGUCUCUUUACUGUCCAUAUCCCCAAAGAAAUAGCUGGAGAACACUUUGAAGGCCUCCAGAUGCUGACAAGCCUCCUUGCUCCCAGAGGAUCCCGCUCGGCAAAGCCUCUGUUAGAGGACAUUAGCCCAGAUCACGGUGAAAGUGCAGGCAAUGAUGAAGUAGAAGACGACGAGGAUUUUGAUUGGCAGGUUGAGCAGGAAGUGUACAUUGAGAGAUCUGAAGAGGAGCUAAGUGGCCUGCAGAAAUAUGGCUUUGGCAAUAAGAGAUCUGGAGUUUUUGCUAGAUUACAGGAAGAACUCGGUGAUGUGAUAGAUGUCAAAAACCCAGAUAAAACAACAUUAGCUGAGAGGAGGCAAGCUCGGAUGGAUGCAGAGGCUUCAGCCUUCUCCCCCGAUCAUUACCUAGCUGAUUUGUUUGAAGACGAUGAGAUAAGGAGACUACUGAAAUUCAGGUCAUGGUGGACAAAGCUUUGUCCUUCACCUGAAAAUGGAGAAGAGCCUGUUAUAUUGUUCAACGAUGAGGAGAAAGAGCAGCUGAGAAAAUUCAACAACCAAUCAUACCUGCUCAACAAGACUUCACGUUACCAAGUGUGUCUCAGCCUGGUUGACAUUAUACUGGCUUACUCCUAUGAAGUGCGCUCUACAGAAGGAGAACACAAUGUGGAGUCACCGUGGACAAUCAGAAAACUGAGUGCAACAUUGUGUUGGCUUGAGACAUACAGCUCUUUGCAGGAGGUCCUGGUGUCUUUUGGAAGAAGGGUGCUAUGCUAUCCACUCUACCGACACUUUGGCAUGGUAUCUGCUGCUGUUUCUGACACAGUUGCGGUGUUACAGUCAGGGAGAGCCUGCGUCCUCAAAUGCCUGCUUGAUAUUCACAAAGUUUUCAGACAGAAUGACCCAGCCUACAUACUCAACGAUCUAUACAUUACAGACUACUGUAUCUGGAUUCAGAGGAUCAAGUCAAGGAAGUUGUCAGCGUUGGCAGCUGCACUACAAAAAGUCUCCAUUCAGAAAAAAGAUUUGGAUUUGGAGCUUGAGGAGCUAGAAGAGGCAGCCACAUUGGUUGCUGAGGAGGAAAGCAGAGCUUCUGAGGGUGCUUCCGAGGGCAGUAAUGUUUCUAGUGAUGGCAGCACUACGGCAGACGACGACGAGAGUGAAGCCGAAGAGCUAGCUCUCGUUGAAUCCGGUGGAGGAGGGGGAGGAGAGUCAUCUAAGGACAGCCCUCCCAAGCCUCAACACACCUCCGCCGUCUGUGCUCCCAUCCCACAGGAGCGAGCAGUCACACUGCUGUCAGCAGAGAGCAACGUCGACAUUCUCCCUCAAGCCCUAGAAGGCGCCAGACCACUCAUCCAGGACCUUGGGGAGCUAAAAAUCUCUGAAGAAUUGCGUGCCAGUCCUGAAGUGGAAGGAAAGCUUUCAGAACAGAGCAUUGCAACAUCAGGAGGGAGCAGCAGUACAACUUUAUUAGAGUUGAGCCCUUGCGGAAAUCCACUGCUCAUCAUUCAGAAACAGGACUUGAGCUCAUGA